AAUAAAAAAAAAAUAAGGAAAGAAACAGAGCACAAAACAAGGGAAAUCCUGCGAUUUCGAAGCAGAAGAAGGAAAACAAUAAACAAACGUUGGUGGUCAGCAUCCAUAUCGAUACCAACAAGACACGCUUUUUUGUUCAAUCUCCACAUACUCCAUAGCGGGGGGGUAAUUUCCGUAACUUCCGGAGCUCGUCAUGUAGCAUGCCAUAAAUAUAGAUUCAGAGCAGAAGAUAUUUGACUAAAGUGGAGCUCUGGUUCCUAGUCAUUUGGAAAAAAAAAUACUGUGGAUCUUUGGUGCGCAAUGGCUCCGGGAGGAAGUGCUUUCAAAGAAGUUCUUGAAUCUCACCUGAUGUCUUCAGAUUAUGAAACAGGCAAGGCUAAAUCUGAGGCCAAAAGUAACAGUACAUUUACAAAAUCUGCUGUUGGGUUGAGCGGAAAGAAUGGAGUUAGUUCAAAGAAUGGCGUGCAUGACUUACUUGGGUGCCCUGUUUGCAAGAAUUUGAUGUAUCCCCCAAUUUACCAGUGCCCAAAUGGCCAUACAUUAUGUUCAAAUUGUAAGAUUGAAGUCCAUAAUAUCUGCCCAACCUGUCACCAUGAUCUUGGGAAUAUAAGGUGUUUGGCUCUGGAAAAAGUGGCAGAAUCGUUGGAGCUUCCUUGCAGAUUUCAGAGUCUAGGUUGUCAUGAUAUAUUCCCAUACUACACUAAGCUUAAGCAUGAGCAAAAUUGUGGAUUUCGUCCAUACAACUGCCCCUAUGCUGGAUCUGAGUGCUCUGUGAUGGGUGACAUUCCAUCUCUUGUUGCCCAUCUCAAGGAUGAUCACAACGUUGACAUGCAUGAUGGGUGCACCUUCAAUCAUAGAUAUGUCAAGGCAAAUUCACAUGAAGUUGAAAGUGCCACAUGGAUGCUAACUGUUUUUAAUAGUUUUGGAAGACAAUUCUGCUUGCACUUUGAGGCAUUCCAGCUUGGGACUGCUCCAGUUUAUAUGGCCUUUUUACGGUUUAUGGGCGAUGACAACGAAGCAAAGAAAUUCAGCUACAGCUUGGAAGUUGGUGCAAAUGGCCGCAAACUUAUAUGGCAAGGAAUUCCAAGGAGCAUUCGUGACAGUCAUAGAAAAGUUCGAGAUAGUCAAGAUGGACUUAUCAUUCAGAGGAAUCUAGCCCUUUAUUUUUCUGGUGGGGAUAGACAGGAGUUGAAGUUGAGAAUCACUGGUCGUAUUUGGAAAGAAGAUUAGAGAUGUAAAUAUACUAUAUUAGAGAUGUCCAAGCGAUUAUUGUACAGAUUCUGUAACGAUUGUUUUAAGAUUUUGCUCUGUGGCAAAGAAUGAAGCACUAGUGCUCCACUUUUCUCUCCAUAAGUUCUCUUUCAGUUUCAUACAGCCUGACUUAGACUUGAGGCUUACGUUCAAUUUGGUUUUCAGCUUUAUAUCCAUUUUUUUUUUUUCCUUUUUGAAGGAAAAAGC